AUGUGGGCGUUAAAUAUUCUACAGUGGAAGAAUGACGUACACAGCCUAGAACCCCGCCUUCAGCCCGCCCAAGCGGUGCCUAUAAAUGCGGGAUCCUUCCACGUCCAGGCCACUAAGACUUGUUGCACUUUCGCGCUCUACGACUUCGACUUGGCAGUUCAGCGAACUUUCGGCCACCCAGUCUCCGUAGCUGACAAUUCUGAGAACAUGCUGGCCAAGAAGUUGAUCGUUGCCGCGGCGCUGCUGCUGGCCAUGGUUUUCCUCGCCGAGGCCAGGGAUGACGGGCCUCAUGACAUGGCAGACGCCCUCCGCAUGCUGCAGGAGCUCGACCGCUACUACACCCAAGCUGCCAGACCGAGGUUUGGUAAACGCUCCGAUGCCUUCGCAAACUGGGUUAAGGAUUUGGAAAAGCCGGACCUGCCGACUUGGUUGACUUACGCCAGGAGGAGA